AUGGCACAUCAUGGGACUCGAUUGAGUAUGCUGGGGGUGCUGGGCCUGGCGUUAUCGGUCUAUGCGAUUCACGUAAAGAAGCAAAAGAUGGAGCUAAAGGACGAAUACUCGGCGCUUUGCGACUCGGAGGCUUACUCCUGCUCGCAGGUGUUGACGAGUGAAUACAGUAGUUUGCUGUCUCAUUUAGGGCUCGUGGAGAAACACUCGACGUUGGACGUGUCAAAUGCGCACUUGGGGGUGCUAGCGUACUCGCUGUUCGCAUUGUACUCGGUGAUACGGAAGGUGCCUUACCAUGCACAGUUUUACGCUGCUGUGUCUUUCUUUAUGGCGGUGGUGAUCGUCUACUUGGCGUACAUUUUAGCGUUCGUUCUGCGGGACUUUUGCAUGGUGUGCGUAGCGACAUACAUCAUCACGGCUGCGCUGGUGUGGACCUCGCUGGCUAUGCUUCGUGCAGAGCGUAGUGUACUACGAUCAAAGAGUACAAAGGUAGAGUAA